AUGGUUUUGGUUGCGGCUCAGAAGUCUCAAAGACUGAUGGUCAUCGCGGAUUUGAACCGGCUCACCCAUGCAGCCCUUCUUAUACUCGUUGAGAACACCAAACGCCUCCAGUGGCUGGGCGGUUCGCCAGCGCAGACAGCCCUAGGAGAACCCCUCACAUCCGAAAGACCUGGCACGACACUAUCCACUUUGCCACCCCUGAGCCACUGGCUGGAAGACGUAGAAGUUCCAGAAUACCCCUUUGACAACACCUGGGAAGAAGCUCAGAAGUCUCCCGUAUUGGUCAUCCACUCGUCCGGCAUAACGGGUAUUCCCAGGCCCCUCCGCUAUACGCUUGACAUGACCGCCACAUUCAACUUGAUGCGGCGGUUUCCGGACAGGACGCACGAGAAUCCAAAUCUUCAGUUCGACCACCUGUUCGACUCGCGUGCCUUCUGGACCGCACCACCACAGUGUAUCCCCAUCUGGCCUCCCUCUCACGAAGGCACACCAACGCCGACUGCUGUCAUCGAAGAGGUACUAGACAAAACAAACCCCGAUGGCGCCUUUUACGCCCCAAGCACGCUCCGAGGCUUGUGUCUUAAGGAUCGCUCAUUAAAGACGUUGAAGAAACACCACAAGUACCUCCUCUGCACCGAAAUUCACUUAGUCACCAUCGUCGGCUCUACAGAGACGAGCUGGUGGCCACUGCAGAAGCUCGACGAUCGCCGCGACUGGCGCUACUACCGCAUCGACCCGCGCUUGGGUCACCAUCUCGAGCCUUUCGACAACGGCGGCGCUGGUGACGAUCUAUACGAACUCGUCAUCCAUCGAAACCCGGCCUGGCGCCGCUUUCAGGGCGCCUUCAUCAUGUGGCCCAACCUCGAUGUCUACCACACCCAGGAUCUGUACUCACCCCACCCGACCAAGCCAGACCUGGUCUGGUACCGUGGUCGCAAGGACGACCUUGUCAAGCUGGUCUGGCUGACUAAGGUGUGGGCUCAUGAUAUAGAGAGUGCGCUGGUGACGUACCCGAAGAUCGAGGCGGCUAUGGUGGGAGGAGAAGGUAAGGAGAAACCGUUCGUCAUUGUGCAGGCCUGCCAGGAUGCAGGGGUAAAGGGGUUAGAUGCCGAUGAGUUGUGGGAUGUGGUCAAGGGGCUGAAUGAAAAGAUGUCGGCAGAGGUGCAUAUCCUGCGUGAGAAUGUUAUUUUGGCUGAUCAGGAGAAGCCGCUGAAGAAGCUGGCGAAGGGGACACUUGAUCGUAGAGGGAUUCUGGCGGAUUACAAUGAUGAAGUUGAGAAGUUGUAUGCUGGUACUAUGGUGAUGGAUCGUGACAGUAAAGUAUGA